UUAACAAUCCAAACUCGAUAGCUCACCGUCAUCUCAGCUGUCCAAAUGACCGAAACUUUCGCAUCUAAACUCAAAAGCCUCAUCUACACUCUCCUCGACAUAUUCCCUCAAAAACCCGAUGCUUGCAAAAUGGAGAAGAGCCCUUUCUAUCUCUCCUAGAGCUUCUUUCCACCUCGCAUGCACGACUCACCGUUCACCCAACUCACCAAUAUGCCUUUCGCAGGCAGAUACUGAAGCCCGUCUCCGAUAUUGCAUAUCAUGCGGUAUGAUCGAUGAAGCACUCUCUCUCCUCUGCCAAUGCACAGAAGAAGACCCUAACCCUCCCUCCCUCCUCUCAUUCAAUCUCGUCCUCUCUUCCCUAAACAAAUUUAAGCGAUUUGGUUCCACCAUUUUUCUUUAUAACUUCAUGCGACGAUCUGGCGUGGCACCUGAUGUUGUCACCUUCAACAUUUUGAUCAAUUGCUACUCUGAGUGCGGCCGCGUGGAUCUUGCAAGCAAGGUGUUCGACGAAAUAACGCUUUGGUCUUUCGCUCCGACGAUUGUUUCAUGCAAUACUCUGAUAAAGGGGUUUUGUCGGAUUGGUAGGAUUGUUGAUGCGUUUGGAGUUCUUGAUCAAAUCAAGAAAAAUGGGCCGUGUCCGAAUAGUAGAACUUUUUCUAUACUUAUUGAUUAUGUUUGCAAGUCCUUGAAUUCGGAUAUCGGCUUGCAGUUGAUUAAUCAAAUGUUAAUGCUUGAUGUAGCUCCUAGCAGCAUUACUUACAACUGCGUUUUGGCUGGGCUUUGUGGUGAAGGAAAGCUGAAAUCAGCUAAAGCCUUGUAUUCCAGGUUGAAGAAAAUUGGAUUCCUGCCAAAUGUUGUUACUUGCACUGGAUUUUUAAGUGGGUUGUGCAGACAGAAUAAAAUUGCAGAAGCACAAAUUCUUUUUUAUGAGAUGUUAGAAAAUGGUUUAUUUCCAAGUGUGAGGACUUACUCUGCCCUGAUUCAUGGGCAUGCUUCAGAUGGGCAGUUUGACAAAGCCUUGGAAAUGAUCGAUGAGAUGCAACGUUGUGGGCUUAGCCCAAAUGUGGUUACUUAUACAGGAAUUAUUACAGCAUUUUGUAAAGAGGGAAGAAUAGACGAGGCAAAGAGGGUUGUUAAUAUGAUGAAGGAACAAGGAUUACAACCUAAUGAGUUUACAUUCAGUACUUUGAUUGAUGGAUUCUGUAGAAAAGGGUGCCUUGACGAUGCAGUUUGCAUCUUUCGCCAAAUGGAAGAUGAAGGAAUUGUAAAUAAAAUUGUUGCUUAUAAUAUAUUGAUCCGUGGUUUUUGCCAAUCAGGAAACAUGGAGGAAGCUAUGAAGCUUUUGCAGGAGAUCAUCAGCAACGGUUCCAAACCUGAUCUUAUAACUUUUAAUACCCUUAUGGAUGGAUACUGCAAAAUAAGAAAUGUUAAAGCUGCUAAGGAAUUGUUAUGCAGAAUGAAGAAGCAUAGUUUAAAGCCAAAUGUGAUUACAUAUAACACACUAUUGGAUGGACUAUGUAGACUUGGAGACCUUGAGAAUAUGGCAAGUUUGAUUGAGGAUAUGAUUCAGAUAGGAGUGGAGCUUGAUGUCUCUACGUAUAGUAUUCUUUUAGGUGCGAUGUGUGGGUUAGGUAGGUUCCAUGAUGUAGAUAAUUUGAUUCUUCAAAUGCAUGAAAGUAAGAUUGAACCUGAUUUUAUUCUGUACUCGCAUAUGCUUGCAACAUAUUGUCGAAGUAUGAGGUUAGCUGAAGCCAAACAGGUGGUAUUGCAGAUGGAGAAUAAAGGCCUACCCGUAAAUGUAGCUAGUUACUUUGUUAUUCUGCAAGGAUUUUGUAUUAAAGGUGAAAUCAUGGAAGCGGUUCAACUGUUGGAUAAAAUUAUCAUGAAAAGCAUUGCUCCAUCUAAGGUUGUAGUUUCUCUUUUGCUAGAAUAUGUCUGCAGAUUUGGACAACUAGAUAAGUUUGUUUGCUUGCUACCUAUCACAGCAGGAAAAGUUGGUGGUUGAUUUCUCGAAUUGGGGGUGAUUCCUUGAUUCUAUAAAACAUCCCGUGUUUGGGCCACAUAAGGUUCAGGAAGUUUCAUUUUUGAACUGAAGUAACAUGGCAUUUCAGCAUGGUAACGGCCUUUUUAGCAUGCAAGACAUGAUUGGCUCUUAAAUGGUUGACCAGGUAUUUAAUAUAGAUGCAAUAGCUUUUCGUGUAAAUUUUGAAUUUUCCAUGAGCAAAGGAGAUAUUUUUUUUCCUAGUUUGUCAGCUGCGUUAUUUAAUCCUGUUGGCCCAUCAACAACAUCAAGGGAUGGGAUCUUCACACAUUCAACGACCAAGGAAAAUGAUGUACAUGACUUCGCUCAUCACAAGACUUGGUGAUAUGUUCAAUGCUGGAUAAAAAAACUCAAUGCUUUGGUAAGACAUUCAUGAGAAAACAUGACUGAAGCAGUCAAGACCCUAUGCUUUUAUUCUUGCAAGCAAGGAAUGGCGGUCUCGAAGAAAUAAAAGUGGUAAAACUAUUCCCUGAUCUGAAUUAUUUUAAUAUUGUGAGUUGAGAUUCUACGGAAAUUGUUCUAUUGGUCAAAUUGCCCUUCGAUUUUUGUCAAGACUGUCGUGGGUCUUAGUCGCACAACUAUCAAGUAAACCAUACUAUAAUUUCAUGCCAUGCACCAUUGGGGUUGGUUGCUGGUAGACUCGCAGAGGAUUAGUGGACAUCGUCAAGCGCGUCACAAGCUGACAUGGUAGCGGGCCGAUACCCCUGUUCCAAAAAAAAAAGUAUUUCAUUGGAAUAUCUAAAUUAUCAUUAUUGAUGAAAGACAUUGUCGCUUCAAAAUUAUAUGCAAUGAAAAAAUAGAUUAUUUUUCUUGUGAAAGAGCUUUUCUGGUUUAUGGAAGUUAUAAAAUAUGUUCCAAAAAUGAUAAAUUUAUUACAAUUUGUCGAUUUUGUUGAUUUUAGUUUUAAAAAUAAAAUUAAUCUUAAAUUCUAAAAUUUCUUUUUCCUCAGAAAUGAUAGUUUUGUAUUUCAGCUCAAAAUGAAUGAGCUUUAAAUCUUUGUUUUUUAAAUUAUGUUUUCUAUUUAUAAGCAAGUUGUUGAAUUCUUCCCCCUUUUUUCCAUUGACCAGACCCAACUGCAGGAUGAAGCUUUGGACAUCUAGUUGUGUUAGACUUCUAAUCAGAAAUCAUAAUUGAAUUUUAAC